CAAACCAGCGCGAACAAGAAAGGGCGCCCAUACUUAGCAGCGGCCGUGGAAAUUGCUGAAUUUGGAGCCAGUGUGCAAUGCAAAAUGCCCGCAACGAGGCGCUUUUUCUCUACCUUCGGGGUGGUUGUGUAGCCUGAUUGACUAAUCUUACACCAAAGGUGCUGCACCUUCUGAUGUCCGUUUCAGUAUUUAGGUCUCACUCUUGGGGCAGCAAAAGCGACUGAUUCUCAGCUCACGAACUCUUUUCGAGGUGAAGGCGUCCUAAAAGCACGGCACAAUGGCACCUCUUGAGCGCGACUCCAGCAGGGCGAAUCUGCGUGUGUCCGGUUCGUCCUCUACACUCGACUUUGGAGUGGGAGAGUCUAGUGACUCUCUCCACUUUCCCAGGAGUGUCUCUGCUGUUCUGGAAAGGAGCACAGACUGCUCGACUGACCUACGGGAUCGAGUCGGCACCAAGCUCAUCUGCACUAUCAGCCCGGCCAACUGCUCCACAGAGCUGCUGACGGCCCUCAUCCACGCCGGCAUGACAGCUGUCCGCUUGGACUUCACCAUCGGAGACCGGGCCGCUUAUGAUGAAGCGGUCAAGAACUUGGCGGCCGCUGUAAGAAAGACCGGCAAGAUGGUGACGACAAUCGUGGACACGAAUGGUCCAACGUCAACGGUCCUGUUGAAAGAAGGGGAGCAGGUGGAGCUUACAGCUGGCUCGCAGGUUCUGCUAGUAGCAGACCCCAACAGAGCGGCCUCGCCCGAAGUGCUGCCAAUCUCGGACCCAAGAGUCGUCAAGUGCGUCAACCCCGGUGAAAAGAUUGUGAUUGGAAAGUAUCUUGCGAGUGGAAGCGACGAUGCAUCUGCAGUACUUCAGGUCGUUAAACAAGAGGGCGAUGCAGUCCAGUGCACGUGCAUCGAGCCAGCCACUCUAGUGGGGAAAGUCACCUGCAUGAUCGUGAAUGCCACAAGGGACUGCAUUCCAACCAUGCAGGAGGCAGAUUAUAAGGAGCUUCGGAGGUGGGACGAGCCGAACUUGGUGGACUUCGUGUCCCUGUCGUGCACACGGAGCGGGGAGGACGUCACAGAACUGCGGAAGUUCCUGAAAGGGACGAACUACAUGCAGGAAGUGCAGAUCAUUGCGAAGGUCGAGAGCAAGCAAGGCCUGGAGAACUUCGACGAGAUCCUCAAGGAGGCUGACGCCAUCAUGGUCUCAAGGGGGGACCUGGGGUCGUCAAUUCCAGUCGAAAAGUUGAACCCCAUCCAGAAGUACGUGCUCCACCAGUGCAACGUGUCCGCCAAGCCGGCCAUCAUCACGCGCGUCAUGGACACCAUGCAGCAGUGGCCGCGCCCCACGCGCGCCGAGGCGACCGACGUCGCAAACGCCGUGCUCGACGGCGUGGACUGCAUUUUGCUGGGUGCGGAGACGGUGCGGGGCCAGUUCCCGGUGGAGGCGGCGCGCACGGUGCUGGCGAUUGCGCGCGAGGCGGAGAUGGUGUACAACAACGGGCACCACUUCAAAGUUAUGCUCAAGGAGCUGCCCUCGCCCAUGCCGCGCCAGAUGGCCAUCGCCUCCUCUGCGGUCCAAGCAGCCAACAAGACGGGCGCCGCCCUUAUCAUCGCCAUCACGACGCUGGGCAGCACGCCACGCUAUGCGGCGGUCUUCCGGUCCAAGGUGCCCAUCUUGUCAGUGCAGCUGCCGACGCUCGGGAUCGACCGCCGCACAAUGCGGUGGUGGGCCUCUGGCACGCAUAAGGCUCGGCAGACGCUCCUGUCCUACGGGGUGAUCCCCGUUCUCGCCGACCCGGCGACCAUAGACGCUAACAAGUCGGCACUGGGAGUCGCCAUCGACUUCGGCAAAUCACUCGGUCUGUGUCAAGAAAGGGACAACGUGGUAGUCAUGCAGAGGAUCCAAAACCAGAGGGUAGUGUCAAUGGUGCAGGUCGACUAACUAGCAUAACUAAGCCUGGCAAACGGUUGUGCUGUCUAUGGUCGCUUUGUAGCUGUCAGCCACAUUUGUGGGCGAGGACUCCGCACAGCUUUACAGUGGAACCGUUUGAGCUUUACUUUCCUUGGCUAAGAAGCGUGUCAACAACGAUUUUCGGAAUACACCCGCCGACAGGCCAGACGAACCAGGGCAUCCAGUUGAGGAACUAACUUGAGCGUUAUGCAGGAUGAUACAAGCAGUCAAACGGAGUCUAAUACUAGGCAGAUGGUUCUUUUGUCUGCACCAGAUCUUCGUAGCUCAAAGCAGUUCAGAGAAAAAGUUGGAGAAGCAGGUCAGCUCUCGUGCCACCGGUCAGGGUAACAGGGGGUAUUUGGUCGUUUUAACUUUGAGCGGCGCAUGAGGCCCUCAGAGCUGGCAAGAGCUUUGACUUAAACAACCCGCCUCAGUAUUCGAUGUGCAAGCCUGAGAUGGCACUCUGGCCCGC